AUGUUCUCCAGGGGCAUUAUCGGUGUUCUAUCCUGGUCCCGGUCCCUUUCGCCUGCAUUUCAUGCGAGUAUUGCCUUGGUCGUCAUAUCAUGCCUUUAUCGACAAGUUUUAGUAUAUGACACUUUGGCUCAGCAGAAUAUCAUCCAGAUCGGCGGAUUGAGCGUACUGUAUGGAAUGGAUUGCAUUUUCAACGGCAUGGAAUAUUCCACCAGCGAUUUCACACGCGCAGUCACCCAAGCCAAUGCAAAGCCUGAUAAUAACCCGUCCAUUGAAUCUCGGACUAUGCUAGCAAGAAAGCUUUGUCUCGCCUUGGUCAUAGUUAUGCCAUGUUGGACAGUGUUUUCUGUGUUUCUGGUUUGGAGAUUGCAGCGUGAGAUGGCUUGGAAGACAUUCCGUAAGAUGGAUGCGGAUCUAGUCAUGCAGCAUAAGUAUCGUACUUUUCAGGUCCUGGUGGCUUUCCUCAAGUUCGACGCCUUCUAUGUCCUCGAGUACUUCGUUCAGAUCAUCAUGGUCCAUGGAGUAGAUAGCUAA